AUGGCUGCCAUGGCUGCUGGAGUUGCUGCUAAACUUCCAAGUGCACUGAAGACCGAGAACGUUCUGGAAGCCAGCCAGUUCCUUGGUCAACCUGCCAGCACCCUCGCGUUCCCCGUCUCCGCAUCCUCCGCCUCCCGUAACUCUCUGUCCACUCGGUGCGCUGCUAAGGCUGAGGGCUCAGAUGGAAACAACGCGACAUCCCACACCCACACGAAGCGCGCCGUGUCCAGGCGAUUGAUUCUCGGCGGAAUGGCCGCCGGCAUGGCCGCCGUGGUCGGCUGCCCAAUCUGCGACUCGGGAUCGCCAUCCAUGGGUGCCGCGCUCGCUGCUGAUUGGAGCUACGGAGAGUUGUCAGGACCCAACGAGUGGGGUGCGGUGUGCAAGACUGGCGCUGCGCAGUCGCCGAUUGACAUCUCUUUCACGGCGCCUAAGAUCGUGUCGGAUAAUAGCAUUGGCAAGCUCGCCUUCGGGUACAAGCGCGCCGAUGCCACGUUCCUCAACACUGGCCACGGCACCAUGCAGGUGAAUUUCCCGGGCGGCAGCAACACGUGCGAGAUCGGCGGGCGCAAGCUGGAGCUGCUGCAGUACCACUUCCACGCGCCCAGCGAGCACUCGUUCAACGGCAUCCGUACCGCCAUGGAGGUUCAUCUCGUCCACCGCGAUGCUGAGGGCAAGCUCGCAGUCGUAGGGGUCAUGCUGGAGGCGGACCCCAAGGCUCCGCGGAACCUCUGCCUCGAGGCGGCUCUCGCCUUCUCGCCCAACGAGAAGUUUAAGCAGAUUGCGGGUCCAGUGGAGUGUUUCGAGGUGCCAGCAGUGGGUGGGGGCAAGCCCUUGAAGCAAUGCCUCAAGAUCCAGAUCAGCCCCGAGCCUCUCCUCCCCAAGCCUGACAGAGCGGACGGUGCGCACAACUACAUUCACUACAAGGGCUCCCUCACCACCCCCCCGUGCUCCGAGGGCGUUGACUGGUUUGUCCUCUCAUCCCCCAUGCGCAUCCCUGAUUCCCAAGUGGUUGAGUUCAUGCGCUAUGUCGGUGACCGCCAGACUCUUGCCCUUAACUCG